UUUAAUUUUAACGAGAUUUACGAACCAUUAAGUUAAUUUAUUGACGUAUCUUUAUGUUGUUUAAUAAUUAAAUACUUCAAUGUUAUUGGAAAUCGUCAGUGCUGUGUAUUGGGUUUAUCAAAAAGAGUGCAACGGACUGCAUGCCAAACUUAAAACUUUUUAAAAUCUCAAAAAAAAAAAAAAACAUGUUUCUCAAACACGGAAAUGUACAUCAAGUAAACAGUACCAUGCAAUAGUAUUGCCCACUGAACAAACAUUAAUUGUAUCGUAAACAUAUUUGAACGAUUAUUGGGAAAAUAAGUUAGACAACCUAGUUUGUACCAACGAAAACAUGGAGAAAGUGCCAACAAUUAAAAUAGAAGAAGAUGAAACUAAAUAUUGUUUCUAUAGUUCUAUGAUAGAAAUAGUGGAGGAUUAUACUAACAUAGACUAUUCAAAUGAUAUAAAGCCCCAUUACAUUGAAAAUUCUUACAAUUGUAAUUUGAAAGCCCAGGACUGUCCUAAAAAAAAUGCCAAGAAAAAUAAAUACAGGUACUGGUUAAAUUAUUAUUUUAUUUAUAGUGAAAUUAAAACGAGCUAUGAAACAAAAAUUAAACUCAAGCUAGAUGAAGAUGAGAGUAUUAAACCGUUAAAUGAACUGAUCAUAAAGCAAGAAAACAAAGAUGAUAUUUCACAAUCAUGUUUUGAGACUGAAAAGAAAAUUAUUGAAGUCAAAGUAAUGAAAUACGAUAAAUAUUGGUUCAAUACUGUAAUAGAAGUCGAAGAAAUUGUAAUGUUGAGUUCGGAACAUAUUGAUGAUUAUACAAACAAUACAAAGCCAUAUGAUUUUCACAAGUCAUAUAACAGUAGCAGUUCGACUUUAGCUCAGAACGUUGCUCGUGAUAAAAUCUAUGAAAAACCUUACAGUAUUAAUGCACCGAUAGACGAGGUUAUUAUGCCAAUUGAAACAAAUGGAAAUUACCAGAAAGAAUCGCUUGAAAAUAUUCAUAUUCCAACAAAAUCAACCGACAAAGUUUUAAACGAAGCACAGUCGUUUGUGUGCAACAUGUGCCAAAAAUCUUUUAACGCCAGAAAGCAAAUAAUUCGUCACUUUGAAGUAUCUCAUAACAUAAAUCCAGUUGUUAAAAAUACACUCCAAAAAGGAAAACAAAAUUUACCGAAAAGUAAAACUCCUACCCUGAAGAGGGGAAGGAUCAAGAGAAAAAACAGCAGACUACUCCAUGAGUGUGCAUUGUGUUUGAAGUCUUUUACAACCAAAUCCAAUCUUGUACUACAUGAACGCGUGCAUACCGGUGAGAAACCUUACACGUGUACCCUGUGUUUGAGGUCUUUUUCAACAAAGUCCAAUCUGGUACGACACGAACGCUUGCAUUCAAAUGGAAAAACAAAAGCUAACAAAUGUGACAUAUGCUUUAAGUGUUUUUCAACACGCUAUGGUCUUAUACUACACGAACGAAUACACACCGGAGAGAAACCUUAUACGUGUAGCUUGUGCUCGAAGUCUUUUACGGUAAAAUCCAGUCUUGUAAUACAUGAACGUGUGCACACCGGUGAGAAGCCUUACACAUGUAGUCUUUGUUUGAAGUCUUUUUCGAUUAAACUUUUACUGAUGCAACAUGAACAUGUGCACACCGGUAAGAAACCCUAUACAUGUGACGUGUGUUCGAGGUCUUUUACAUCAAAACCUUAUUUGGAGGUACACAAACUCAGGCAUGCUGGUAAGUAUCAAUACAAAUGUGACAUUUGCUCUAUGCCUGUUUGGUCGAAAACGCAUCUCGUGGCUCACAGACGCAUACACACGGGCGAAAAGCCCUACAAAUGCGAUGUGUGCCAAAAAUCUUUUUCGUUGAAAUCCACUUUGGUAUCCCACAAACAAGUGCAUUUUGAUGAGAAGCUCUAUACAUGUGAUAUAUGCCAAAAGGCCUGUUUGAGCAAAAACUCUCUGAUAAUGCACAAACACUUGCACGAUUGCGUCAAAUGCGGCUUGUGUUGGUUGUAACUUUGGUCGAGAACAGACAUAUCGCGUCAUGCUCACUCUGACAAUGAAAUUGCGUUUACUCGGUUUGAGUAAGAUUUUUGUCAAUUUAAUAUAUAAUUUCUGUUUCCGUGUUUCAAAUUCUUACAGUUAUGAAUAAAUGUAUUAUGUUAAAUAUAAUAAAUAAGUUAAGGUUUUUUUAGUUGUGAAAUUAUAAACAGUGUUAUCGACAUUAUUUUAUUAUAUCCAUAGUUGGUUCUUGUUAAAAAAAAAAAAAUUAAAUUUCGU